GCGUACAGAGGUCGCUGUGCACGCUUCCCUCAAGAGGCAUGAGAGUUGGGUAAGCCAGUUAAAACGCAAUUGGCAAUCAUGUUCAGGACUGGCUUGCUCGUGACCGGUGCCAGGUGCAAGCCCGUGUCACUAUCCCUGAUUUACUCCUACGCCACGUCCUCGCACAAAACCCUGCUCGCGAAACUCCGCAAGAAGACCGGCUUCCCCUUCAUCAACUGCAAGAAGGCGCUCGAGAAACACGACGACUUUGACGCGGCGCUCGCGUGGCUGAAGAAGGAAGCGCAGAAGGAGGGAUGGUCGAAGGCCACCAAGCUGCAGGGCCGCACGACGCGGCAGGGCCUUGUCGGCAUCGUCCUCGAGAAAAACCUCGGCGUCAUCGUCGAGGUGAACUGCGAGACCGACUUCGUCGCACGUAACGACAAGUUCCGCGGGCUCGUCGCGUCGGCCGCCAAGAGCGCGCUCAAGCACUGCCGCUGGACGCCCGUCAACGGCCCGCUCGUGCGCGUGGACAUGGCCGCGGAUGAGAUCGGCGCGCUCGGCUGGUCGGAGGGCGGCAAGACACUGCGGGACGCGGUCGCGUUGCAGAUCGGAGCGCUCGGUGAGAACAUGAGCGUGCGGCGCGCCGUCUGCCUGCGUCCGAGCGCGGACGUGCGCCUCGCAGCGUACCUGCACCCGCCGGGCGACCGCGCGGCGAGCGGAGAGUGCGCGACGGGCAAGUUCGGCGCCGUCGUCGCGUACCGCGGCGGCGACGAAGACGACGCGGGGCGACUCGCCGAGCAACUGUGUCAGCACAUCGUCGGCAUGAAUCCCACGUCGGUCGGCCGCGACAACGAACAAGACACGGCGGCGGCGGCUUCCCCCUCGACGAACGGCACGCAGCCGGUGAAGGUAGAGAAGGAAGUGGAAGGGAAGGUACAGGCGGAGGGAGAACCGGAGGAGGAUGAGGACGGGUUCGCACGCGCGCAGCCUUUCGUGGGGGAGGAUGAGGAGGAGACGCGGCUGUGGCAUCAGGAAUUCCUCAUCGACCCCCAGCUCACCGUCGGUGAGGUCCUCGUCCAGAACAACCUCGAGAUCGUCGACUUUGUGCGCUUCGAAUGCGGGGAGAGCCUUGAGAAGGAAGACUGACCACGGCCGGAGGUUCGCAAGGCCCCCCCGCUCGAGCACGCGCGGCGGAUGCUCCAGCGAGUGUGAUCCUCCCUCUCCAUCCCUCCCCCUACUCGAGCGCGUGCGGCAGAUGCUGCCGGAGGUUCCAGCGAGUGUGACCCUCCCUCCACCUCCUUCCCCCCGCUCGAGCGCGUGCGGCGGAUGCUGCCAGAGGUUCCAGCGUGUGUCUCUCCCUCCACCUCCCUCCCCCUGCUCGAGCGCGUGCGGCCCUCCCUCCCCCAGCUCGAGCGCGUGCAGGAGAUGCAAUUGGAUUCGGAUUCGGAUUAGAUUCAAUCGUACGGAGUGGAAGUAGAUUCUACUGGAGAUUUCCCAUGCUAACACCAUCCUGGGAAAUUUUCUGUUUCGGGUUACGAGAUGAUCGCACGUUUCAAAAUGGUACAUUUGUGUGCAUUUGUUCUUUGUGGAAACGAAAUGUUGGGACCAGUAGGGACCAAAUACACACACUCCUCUAAGGUUUAUUUAUAACAAUAAAAAUGGAAAUGCACCAAAGACAAUGAUCGGUAUGAAUACAUCAGAAUAGUUUCUCUUGA